UUGCUAGCUUGCUUUGAAAAGCAGAGAUAAUCUGCAUAAUAUAUUUAAGUAGUGAUAUAAAUUAGUGGGAAGUUUGUGGGGCAGACACAUAGCCGCCUAGCUACCUGCAGCAUAAUGAUUAUUGAAAUUUAAUUGCGUGCAUGGCUUGUCGGUCGAAUAGGUAUCGCAUCAAUUAACAUUGACUUGGCUUCCAAUAGCUUCAAACCUUAAGAGAAGAAUUUAUACUCCCGUCAACGAGGGAAGAAUCACAUUUUACCAGCCCCGCGUGUAGGAAAUCUUGAGGAAGGAAACUUAAAAGCUGGAAAAGGUAGAGUGUGAAGAAAAAGAAUCCGAGCAACAAGGUAUAAUAUUGAAGCUAGGCUUUUAGAAAAAGCCACCAUCAGCAGUUGUAAACAAGUAAGCAUUGCUAUUGAAAAUCACGAAUAAAAAUAUAUUGUCCUUAAUUAAUUAAAGGACCAUUAAAACACGAUUAACCAUCUGAAAAGCUUAGCAAUUGACAUUGCUUCUAGUGCUCGCUUAGCGAUGGGAGAUCUCGCUUCAGAGGUGCAAAACAGUAUCGAUGUGGGAAACGCUUACGCGAAUUUAGGUCAUUAUGACCAGGCUAUCGACUGUUUCAGAAACUCGUUACAGAUAGCAACGGAAUUCGGCAACCAAAAUGGUAUAGUUCAUGCUAAUAUGUAUUUGGGAGAUGUUUACAAAAGAUUAAAAGACUAUGAAAAAGCUAUUAGCUGUUUGAAAGAAAGCUUACAAAUUAGCACGAAUAUUGGCGAUACGUAUUUAAUGGCAGAGAGCAAUCGCCAGUUAGGUAAUAUUUAUUAUUCUUUAGGAAAGUGGAAAAUCGCAAUUAGCCAUUGGAAAAAAUCAUUAGAAUUAGGAACAGCAAUUGACAAUCCAGGAAUAAUAGCAAAGGUCAAUCACAGUUUAAGCUACUCUUACGUUCAGCUAGGAAGAAACGACGAGGCACUUUUAUGUCUCGAAGAAGCGUUAAGAAUUUUCACCGCCAUUGGCGACCAGAAAGGAAAAGCUAGUGCUAAUAUGAGUUUGGGCAGAUUUUAUCAAAGAACGGAAGACUAUGAAAAGGCAAUUAUCUUUUUGAAAGUCAGCUUAGAAAUUAGCACGGCUAUUGGUGAUCAGUCAUCAAUGGCAGAACAGAAUAGAAAUCUAGGUGAUCUUUAUCGUUGUAUAGAAAAGUGGGAAAGCGCAAUUGACCAUUAUAAGAAAACAUUAGAAAUGGGAAAAGCAAAGGGCGAUCAAGGGGAAACAGCAAAUGUCAAAUGUAAUUUAGGCAUUUGUUACAUUAAACUAAAAAGAAAUGAAGAAGCACUUCAAUGCUUCGAAGAAACGUUAAGAAUUUUCACCGCCAUUGGCCACCAGGAAGGAAUAGCUGAGAGUAAUAGCCGUUUAGGUCACAUCUAUUCUUUUUUCAGUGAAUACGAAAAGGCAUUUGCUCACUUAAAACACGCUUUAAACAUAUAUAAGGCUAUUGAUGACGAAAAUGGAAUUAAAUAUGUCAGUAACGAAUUGGGCCGUGUUCACUGCUCUUUAGGUGAAUACAGCAAAGCCAUCGAAUGGCACAAAAUAUCUUUAGAGAUGGCAAAGAAGGUUGAUGACCAAGCGGGUAUAGUAGAAGCCAAUUGUGAUUUGUCAUCAAUUUACCAAAGAAUAGGAGAGAAUGAGAAGGCCAGUAGCUAUAUAAAAGAUAGCUUUAAAAUCGCCAUGGCUAUUGGUAAUCAGUCAUUAAUUGCAAAAUACUAUUUCUAUUCAGGUAAUAUAGAAUUUGAAUCCAAAAAGUGGGACAAAGCAAUUGACUAUUAUGAGAAAGCAUCUAAAAUUUUCAUAGCAGAGGGCGAUCAAACUGCCAUAAUCACGAUCAAUGGCAACUUGGGAACUUGUUACCGUGAACUAGGAAUGUAUGAUAAGGCUUUGAAUUACCACAAAGAGAGUUUAAAAUUAGCCAAAACGACUAGAAUGCGAUCAGGGAUUGCAGAAGCAAACAGAGAUAUGGGCAUCAUUUAUAGACUGUUAGGUGAUAGUGAAAAAGCCAUUGAAUAUGGUACAAAAAGUUUAGAAAUAAGCACCAUUAUUGGCGAGCCGUUUAUGAAAAUACGCAGUUGUGAAGAACUUGCAAAUGUUUAUAAGAGUUUAGGAGAAUAUAAACUGGCAUCAUCAUAUUUAGUAAAACUUAUUAAAGUUCUUGAAGAGCAGUUCCAAAGUAAGGUUCCCGAUGAAAACAAACUCUCCUUCACAACUUUUUUCUGUAGGGCCCAUGGAGAGUUAAUGAGUUGUUUUGUUUCUUUGGGGCGAAUAGAAUCAGGAUUACUAGUGACUGAUCUGGGAAGAGCUAAAGAGCUCCAUUUUUCUAUUGAAAGAAAACAAAAUUAUUUCGAUGCACAAUUGUCUCAUUACGCACAAUCAAUAUGGAGCAAAAUUGAGAAAAGGGAAGAAAAUCGAGAAAUAGAGCGAAUACAGAACAUUCUUCACGUAAAAAAUGAUGAAAUUUCAAUAGUGUUAUUUGCGUUUGAUUUCAAUGAAUGGUCUCUGAAAGUUUGGGUUUUGAAUAGUGAUGUCACCUUUAAGUGCUUACCUGCAUCGAAUAUAUGGGCGUUUGUGAUGAAUUUUUCCGCAAGGAGAGGUGUCAACGUUAAUCGAGAUACUUCAUUUUUUAAACUUGAUUCACUUGCGAAUGAACAUAGUUUUGAUAGUCAGAUGAUCUCACCGCGAACCCGCAAGCCGUGCAAAAGGGAAAAGCCUGAAGGCUUGCGCGAAAAACAUUCGAGCGCCGAUAAUUGCAGUGAUGAAAAUAGUUUGAAAAAGCUGUUCGAUUUUCUCAUUCAACCGAUAAGAGAUGCCGUCAAAGGUAAUAAGCUCAUUGUUGUUCCUCACGGGCCACUGUUUUUUGUACCAUUUUCUUCCCUGAUUGAUGAAAAUGGGAGGUAUUUAUCUCAGAGUUACAGCAUUCAAGUAACACCCUCAUUACACACUCUGACGUUUACCAAAGAACAACCCGAUGACUCUGACCUCGGUUUUGCGUUGUUUGUUGGUAAUCCAAAAGUUGGGAGGGUUUCUUUGCAUGGCACAGAUGUCACACCUGCUGACCUACCCAAGGCGGCUGAGGAAGUUGCAAGUCUUUCAAAGCUCUUCACAGCAAGGCCUUUCGUAAAAGUUGAAGCGAAAAAACAGGUUAUUCUCGGACUUUUAAGCGGUGCAAGUAUAAUUCACAUUGCUGCUCAUAGUGAACCAAAGAGGGGGGAAAUAAUGCUUGCUCCUGACCUUUCUUUAAAUGAACCAUCUUCUUCUCUUCCUAAGCAAGAUUCCUAUCUCCUCACACAACAGGAUAUUACGAGUAUUUCAUUGCAAGCUCGCUUGGUCGUCCUAUGCUGUUGUUAUACUGGAAAAGGUGAGCUUUCUCCAGAAGGUGUCAUAGGUGUAGCUCGGUCUUUUCUUGCUGCUGGAGCUCGCUCUGUUCUCGCUACACUCUGGCCUAUUAGUGAUGAUGCAACAAAAGAGUUUAUGGAAGCAUUCUACGGCGAACUGCUUCAGGAAACACCAGUUUGUGAAGCUUUAAGAAGGGUAAUGAACCUCUUUCAGCAACACGAAAGAGAAGAUUACCGCUCGUUUUUAAUUUGGGCUCCAUUUACUCUCUUUGGACAUGAUGUGAUGUUUACAAAAGGCGACAUUAAAACAAUCAGAGAAAAAUCCAGUCGAACUCUACCCGAAUGUGGUUUUGCGUUGUUUGUUGGUAAUCCAAAAGUUGGCAAAAUUUCUUUGUAUGGCACAGAUUUCACACCUACUGAUCUACCAAAAGCUGCUGAGGAGGUUGCAAGUCUUUCGAAGCUCUUCACAGCAAGGCCUCUCGUAAAAGCUGAAGCAAAAAAACAGGUUGUCCUCGGACUUUUAAGUGGUGCUAGUAUAAUUCAUAUUGCUGCUCAUGGUGAACCAAAGAAAGGAGAAAUAUUGCUUGCUCCUUUGAAUGAACCAUCUUCGUCUCUUCAGAAUCCAGAUUCCUUUCUUCUCACACAAAACGAUAUUACGAGUACUUCAUUGCAAGCUCACUUAGUUGUUUUAUGCUGUUGUUAUACUGGUGAAGGGGAGAUUUCUUCAGAAGGUGUCAUAGGUAUAGCUCGGUCUUUUCUUGCUGCUGGAGCUCGCUCUGUUCUCGCCACACUCUGGCCCAUUAGUGAUGAUGCAACAAAAGAUUUCAUGGAAGCAUUUUACGGCGAACUGCUUCAUGAAAGAUCAGUUUGUGAAGCUUUAAGAAGGGUAAUAUACUUCUUUCAGACACACGAAAGAGAAGAUUACCGCUCCUAUUUAAUUUGGGCUCCAUUUACUCUCUUUGGACAUGAUGUGAUUUUUACAAAAAGCGACAUAAAAACAAUCAGAGAAAAAUCCAGUGAAACUCUGCCCGAAUGUGGUUUUGCGUUGUUUGUUGGUAAUCCAACGUCAGACUUGCCUAAAGCCACUGAGGAGGUUAAUUGUCUUUCAAAGCUUUUCAAAGCAAAGGCCUUCGUGGAGGGCGAAGCCAAGGAACGGGUUUUGCUGGGACUUUUGACCGGGGCAAGUAUUAUCCAUAUUUCUGCACACAUUGAAGCUCAGCAAUGUGCAAUAAUGCUUGUGGAGGAUGACAUUUUGACGCAAAAGGAUAUCCAGGGCCUUUCUCUGAAAAGUAGCUUGGUUGUUUUAUGCCUGUGUCAUUCUGAGCAAGACGAAAUCUUUCCAAAAGGUGUUGAAAGUUUAGCUCUGUCUUUUCUUGCAGCCGGAGCUCGCUCUGUUCUUACCACACUAAGGCACAGUGAUGAUGAUGCAACAACGGAGUUUAUAAAAGCAUUUUAUAAUCACUUGCUGCAUGAAUCAUCAGUCAGGGAGGCGCUAGAGAAGACAAAGAAACUCUUUAAAAAGCACGAUAAAGAGGCAUACCGAUCAUUUGUAAUCCGGGCUCCGUUUACACUCUACGGCGAAGAUGUGAUGUUUCAAAAACAUGACAUCGAAACGAUAAAAGAGAAAUCUCACGAAAUGUUUUCUGGUUUUGUUGUAUUACCACCAUUAGAUGAGCUUACUGGUUCGUUUGAAAAUCUUGAUGUACAAAAUAGAUCUUAGUAUAGGUUAUUGUUGCGCAUUUUGUAGUUUAGUUUAAAGAGGGGUAUUUACAAGUUCUGUUUGGAUCUAUUAGACAGAUAUCCGAACAUUGGGUAGAUUUCUCAGUCUUUGCUUAUACGAAAGAGAUUUUCUAUUGAUUCACCCUUCAGCGUGAAUAAACACAAGAUUCACUUAGAACACAGAAAAAUACAUAGUUCUGAUUGUAGAAAAGAGCGUAAAAUAUACUUCAUUAAUUGCAUGAAGCGCCAGGUUGUGUAAAAAGUUGAAUCCGCGUUGCGCUAACGAACGUGAAUCGUGUAUAAUCAUUAUAUAAUCUUGACUUGGAAAUGUUUUCGUUAAGCCUUAUUCGUGUAUGUAGACACAGUUUUGACAAAAAAGUAUUACCUGACAUGUAUCUGUAAUUUUUCACAACAAUUAGCAGCUAUUUUCCAGUGAUUGAUGUGCGUUAGAAAAUCAGUGAUUCCAUCACAGGCUGUUCUCCACGAAAGAUCUUCUCGUUACCUUCCAGGCGUAAGUAUUAAUAUUCAAACUUUAACGUUCAAUAGUUUAUAAACCGUUCGAAAUUCGAAGAUGCUGCCAAGCUGAUACAUUUUCUGCGGAUCAUGCGACUCUGAAUUUGUUUUUUUAAAAAAUUACAAAACAUUAUACAGGCCAGCGAUGUUAUUAAAACAGCCUGGUGGAAUUAACGUGCACUAUCUUCGAACUUCUUUUUGAAUCAAUUCAUUUAAUGGCAGGAAAAAAUUAAUACAUUUUCUGAAAGAAUACCAAA